AAAAAAAAUUCACUAUUCCGGUCGUUUUUCCUCAUUCAGCCGGCCAUGAUGUUGAAUGCUGUAACGAAAGCUGCCGCUGGAGCCCUUCGGGCCGUCAAACCCGCAUUAUUACAACCCGAAGUCGCUAAAGUUUCUGGAGUCCUCUCUGUAAACAGACGUGAAUAUGCAGCAGCCAAACCAGCGCCGAAAGCCGGCGCUGUUCAAGGGAGGGUAGUAGCUGUUAUUGGUGCCGUCGUCGACGUACAGUUCGACGAUGCUUUGCCACCAAUUUUGAACGCCUUGGAGGUCCAGAACCGUACACCCCGUCUGGUACUCGAGGUCGCUCAGCAUCUUGGAGAAAACACCGUCCGUACCAUUGCCAUGGACGGUACUGAGGGUUUGGUUCGUGGACAGCCUGUCAUGGACUCCGGCUACCCCAUUCGUAUUCCAGUAGGUGCUGAAACUCUAGGUCGUAUCAUCAAUGUCAUUGGAGAGCCCAUUGACGAGCGUGGUCCAGUUAACACCGACAAGUUGGCAGCCAUCCACGCUGAAGCUCCCGAGUUCGUGGACAUGUCCGUCGAGCAAGAGAUCUUGGUUACUGGAAUCAAGGUCGUAGACUUGUUGGCUCCUUACGCCAAGGGAGGAAAAAUUGGUCUCUUCGGUGGUGCUGGAGUAGGAAAAACCGUAUUAAUUAUGGAGCUGAUCAACAACAUCGCCAAAGCUCACGGAGGUUACUCAGUAUUCGCCGGUGUGGGAGAGCGAACCCGUGAGGGUAACGAUCUGUACCACGAGAUGAUUGAAACCGGAGUAAUUUCCCUGAAGGACAAGACAUCAAAGGUAGCGUUGGUGUACGGUCAGAUGAACGAGCCCCCCGGCGCGCGUGCCCGAGUCGCCUUGACCGGAUUGACCGUCGCCGAGUACUUCCGAGACCAGGAAGGUCAGGACGUGUUGCUCUUCAUCGACAACAUCUUCAGGUUCACCCAAGCCGGUUCUGAAGUAUCUGCCCUGCUGGGUCGUAUCCCCUCCGCCGUAGGAUACCAGCCAACCCUGGCCACUGACAUGGGUACCAUGCAGGAACGUAUCACCACCACCAAGAAGGGUUCCAUCACCUCAGUACAGGCCAUCUACGUACCUGCUGACGAUUUGACUGACCCUGCUCCCGCUACCACCUUCGCUCACUUGGACGCCACCACUGUGUUGUCCCGUGCCAUCGCUGAGCUGGGUAUCUACCCCGCUGUCGAUCCCCUCGACUCCACCUCCCGUAUCAUGGACCCCAACAUCAUUGGACCGGAGCACUACAACAUUGCUCGUGGUGUCCAGAAAAUCUUGCAGGACUACAAAUCCCUCCAGGAUAUUAUUGCUAUCUUGGGUAUGGAUGAAUUGUCUGAGGAAGACAAAUUAACUGUCGCGCGUGCUCGUAAGAUCCAGAGGUUCUUGUCUCAGCCUUUCCAGGUCGCUGAGGUAUUCACUGGACACCCUGGCAAAUUGGUACCACUUGCCGAAACCAUCAAAGGAUUCCAAAAGAUCUUAGCUGGAGAACUUGACCACUUCCCCGAGGUCGCAUUCUACAUGGUUGGACCCAUUGAAGAAGUCGCUGCCAAGGCAGAGACGCUCGCCAAAUCAUAAGAUGUUUAUUUAAUGAUAAUAAUAAUAAUUAAUAACACAUUAUUAUAAAUAAAUAAAUAAAUGAUUUAUGGUAAUAACGUCCAGCCUGUUGGACGUUAUGGCGAGAACCAAUUAAGUUAAUAAAUAAGUAAACAGUUGAACAAUUUUAAAAUUUUUAAUUUGAUCAUCUUAAUUCAAGAGCGGAUCUUCCUCAAAAAUCUUCUUCUGGUUCUCGGAAUGUAGUUGAACUUGUACCGUAGUUCAAUUAAGAAUUUUUUUUUAUUGCGGAAGAUUUUGAAGCUCUGAUUUAUUUUGUUUAUAAAAUUAAACUCAAUGUUAAAGUCCGUAUUAAAUAGAAAUGUUUUUACGAUUGUAAAAUUAUCAAUUAUUAAUAAUCAACCAUCGUCAGUACCAUUGUCAGUUCAUUAACUGAUAUUGUAUAUUAGUAAAAAACAAAUUAAUAAAAAAAAAAACUCAAAAAUA